UUUGUUUCAUUGAAAUAUUUAGUUGGAGACCGCUGAUAUAAAAUAAUUAAUUUGUUUUUACCCCACACUUUUAUUUUGUGAGCAGUUACAACUUCCGCUUGUUCCACGUGUCACGUGACUCCAGCUUCCCCUGGAUACGGGAACGCGUCGAGCUGCGGUCUCCACGGAGGAAAGGAUGGAUGUGUAGUAGUUCAAGGGAUGUUUCAGGGCGGUGUUUUCUGCAGUUAGAACGUCAAACUAUCAUGGCCAUUUGUCGGGGAAGCGUCGCUGUCGUCCCAACAACAACUUUAUCAACUUUUAAUACCUCAAAUCUUACGUUUUAGCCGCGCCGCUCUGCUGCUCUUUCUUAGCAUGGACGAUAAGGAUUAGUUAGCCUCAGCAUCACCCCAGUGACCACGCCUCCUGGUGACAGUGUGGCUGCAGGUUUCUGAGCAAACAUGGGGAAGCUGCAGAGCAAGUUUCGCAAGAGGUCUGAGCUGUACAGAUCACCUCAAGGGGAGAAGGCUGAGAACACCUUUGACAGUCAGGUGUUACAGUAUGAACCUGCCCACUACGGAUCCAUCAACACUGUGACCAGUCUCAGCCCAGACCUGUGUGUUUCUGGUGGCAGUGACCAGGCCGUUGUAGUGUAUGACUGGAAACAAGGCCAGAUGUGUCAGUCCUUCCAGGGUCACAACAGAGAGGUUACCAAGGUGCUUUGUUAUCCCGGCAGUACAUGGAUCUUUAGUGCCUCGCGGGACAAAACCGUUCUCAUGUGGGACCUGAACCAGGGAGACGAAUCGAUUCAGGAGUUUUGUGGACAUGAGCUGGUUGUCAAUGGAAUCGCUAUCAGCCCUGAUGGAAGAAAGCUUUGCACUGGCUCUCGGGACAACUGGAUGUGCCUGUGGGAUAUAGAAUCUGCAAAAUGUGAACACAGACAUAACAUCUCGAGAAACCUGGUGACUCAUGUAUGUUGGGUGCCAGCUAGCUUUUCUGUAGUCCAGACCUCAGAGGAUAAAACUAUAAGGGUGUGGGAUAGCCGUUCGUGGCAGGUGACCAAUACCUUUCCAGCUAAGCAGUAUAUACAAACUCACUGUGAUGUCUCUCCAAACGGCAACUACUUGGUGUCCAGCAGCAACGGCUUUGGAGGCCAGGGUUGUGAAGCCACGCUCUGGGACUUGCGUCAGCCUGGCUGUAAAGUUGUGGAGUACAGAGGUCACCUGCAGACCACAGCCUGCUGCACAUUUCUACCUGUGUUUUCUGGUGGCUCGGCUCAGAUAGCAACAUCCUCCCACGACUGUUCGGUCAAAAUCUGGGAUCAGAAUACUGCAGUCUGUUUAGGGACAUUGUGCCUGGAUGGUGCUGGUCCUCUGGUUUCUUUGGCUCCCACCGAUACCAAUAGUUUGCUGUGUGCCAGCUUCAACGCCGGUCUCCAACAUAUCCAGCUGGACCAGGGGUCCCUCCAGGCACAGGGUUCUGGUGCUGGUUCAGGUGGUGCUGGAAGUCUGGAUAUGAGAGUUGUGGCACGAUUCUGACAGCACCAAAGCAUAUAAUGGAACUUAUAUGGACAUCAAGGCGUUCAGUGAGCAGUAACGACAUACUUCCUUUUUAAAAACCUUUUUUAUGUCAUCAUUUAAUGAUUUUACCGGCAUUUUUGCUUUACCAACCUGCCAUACCAAGAAAAUGCCAGAAGAGCAAUGGAUGGGAAAGGUGAGCAAGUGAUGUGUGAAGUUUGUAGCUUAAAUCCACAGUGCAGUGCAAAAAUGAUCAUACCCCCUUAUGAUCAACUGCUUCACAACAGCUAGUAGUUGUAAAGUUUUCACUUUACAACUACAAACCUUAGUAUGUUUUAUUGGGAUUUUAUUUAAUAAGGUGACGCAACAAAGUGCAUAAUCAACAUAGUUUUACAAAUAAAAAUGUGAUACGUGUGGCAAGCAUUUGUAUUCAAACCCUAAUGAUCAAUACUCUGCUGAACCAGCUUUUGUUAGCUUUCACAGUCUUCUGAAGGUUUUUUCUACCAGCUUUACUCAUCUAGAAAUGAUUGUUUUUACUUAUUUUUUGCAAGAUAUUCAGUUCAGUCUUAAAUUGCACACAGAUCAUUUUUUUAACAUAAAUUUCCAAAUUAUGACAGAUUAAAUUACAUUUAAUUAGCUUGACCUCUAAUUUUAUGCUAAGAUUAAAUUAAAUUACACACAAGUGGACUCUCUUCAUUGUUUUGAUGCGUUUUGAAAGCAGUUUGUUAAAUUGGACUUUAUUUUGGGGAAUUAGAGUGAAGAAGGUUGAAAAUGCACUUGUAAAUUUACAUUCCUAAACAGAUUUAAAAACCAUGUAACACUUUCCUUUCUAUUUAGAAGUGGUAUUACUUGAUGUUGGUCCAUCACACAAUAAAAUGCAAUGACAUUUGUGGUUGUAAUGAAACAAAAUGUGAAAAAGUAAAGUAUAUAUGAAUACUC